AUGACAUAUGACUUUCGACUUAAGGUGAAGACACCUUCAACAGAGUUGGCGCGAUUGAUUACUCAAGCGAACCACAAUUGGGGAAAGACCCACGUUACAGAUUUUCGUGACGAGGAAAGACACAGAGUUAUGUCAACAAUAUGGUGUUUGGUAGCUGUAUUUGUCACCGUAUGUCACCUGACAGAUGCAGGAAAGCGUACUAGGCAAUGUAUGGCAUCAAAGGGAAGAUGCACCCGAAAUAAAGAUUCCACUUGUGAAAGCAAUUUUGGUUCAGGAUGGGAAGGAAAGGGAAGCUGUUGUCGUGGGAGACUGUGUUGCGUGUUUCAGUGUGAAGAUAUUCCAACCGACAGUCUAAAAAAUGGUUCAGUCAUUGUAACAGAAAGAAAUACUGGCUCCACGGCAAAUUUUUCCUGUGACGCAGGAUUCUCACCGGUUGGAAGACAAUCUAUUAUCUGCACAGCUUCAGGUUGGAAUGGGAAUAUUCCACAAUGUACAAACAUAUUAUGCCCCGAGACGGUUGCCUUCUUUCGUGGUUCAAAGUACAUAUUCAAAUGUAACACAGCAACCUGGUCUAAUUCUGAGGCUAACUGCAAUGUCCUAGGUGGUCAUUUGACUUCUGUUGAAACUGUUGACGAAAACACUUUUUUAUUAGAUGUUAUUACAUUGAUGCUGAACAAACAGCUCAUAAAAAAAGCAUAUUUUUGGAUUGGCCUUACAGACAAUACCGAUGAAAUGUCAUAUAAAUGGUUGUCUGGUCAACCACUUAACUACAGUAACUGGUACCAAGGACCACCACAGCAACCAGAUAAUACACAGUUUGCCGGUACACCAGGUGCACACUGUGCUUUGAUACAUCGCCGCUAUGCUUUAAACUGGGGGGACGAACAUUGUGCUCAAAGAUAUUAUUCCGUUUGUGAAAUUCGAUCGACAUAAAACCUGUCAGUUUGAGAGAGCCAUUUAUAUUAUCUUAGGACAACAUGCUAUUUGCCAAUUUUGAAGACAGCUAUAAAUAAUCUGAGGAC